AUGUCCAGAGGUUUUUGUGUUUCUUUACGUCGUCCCAACAGCGGUAUACAAGUCAUGUCUAACGUACCACCUUACAAUAGCAGUUCUGGGCCUCCUAAUGCACCUUUAGGGCCUUAUGCAUUUAAUCAAGGCCCACCGAGCCAAUUUGCGGGGCACAUAAAGCAGGAUGCUAAUUCGAAUAAUCCAACGAAUGCGCCCGCGUUUAAUAACCAGGCGAAUCACUAUAAUCAAAGUGCAAACAGUUCUCCAGCUUUUAACCAUCCCAUAGCGCCUCCAACUUUGCAAGCAAUGCAGCCUCCACGGACGAGUUACAAGCAAAUACCAAAUCAAAGUCCUAUCGGAAAUCUCCAGAAUAUUCCAUUGAGCUCAGCCAGCCCCAAUUCAUUGUACAAUACAAAUAAUUUAUCAUAUCCUGUUAAUCAAACACGUCAGAUUAAUGAUAAUGCCCCACCACUGAUAGCAUCUAGUCAAUACCAACCAAUAAAUGGACCACCCAUGGCAAUCAGGCCACCAGUAAGCCAGUUUCAACCUGCGGCUUCAUUUCCACCACCACAGCCUCAAUUUCCUCCAGGCCCUAUGACAAGUCAAUCAAACCAAUUACCCAAUCAAAUAGUUGGUCCUCCAAGAAGUAAUGCUAUGGUGCCUCCAAUCAAUCCACCAUUAUGUGGCCCUAGUAUAGCAAGUUCAAUGGGACUGCCUACAAGUAAUGUGAAUGGGCCGUCUCUGCCAGGACCACCUUCUUUCCCUAUGUCUCGACCUAAUGAGCCACCUAGAAACCAAAUGAGGGGUCCUCCAUCAUUACCCAUGGGGCCAAUGCAGGCUAGACCACAAAACCAGCCUAUGUCACUGGAUCCACAGAGCCAGCAAACAGGCUUUAUAGGUCAUACAAAUAAUUUAAGUGGUCCUCAAAGUUUACCAAUGCCAGGUCAGAUGGGGCAACAAGCAAUGCCACCGAUGGGACCACCAAAAAAUAGUAUGCAAAGUAGAUAUCCCCAAAUGCCUCCAAGUAACAUUCAGCGGCCGCCAACUCAAGGAAUGCCACCGCAGGCACCGCAAGGAAUGUAUCCUCCAAUGCAAAACCAAGUGCCUGGAUUGACCCAGCAAAUGGGGCAGUUAAGUGUUACCCAGCAAGGAUUUGAUCAAUUGUGGGGCCAUGAAAUGGUAGAUCUUUUACAGUGUAAACAUAUUCUACCUGAAUACCCAGAGGAGCCUGCGGAAAUAAGAUUGGGACCACAGUUUUCUGAUGCUCCUAACUGCAGCCCUGAAAUAUUCAGGAGUACAAUAAAUAAGAUACCAGAUACAAAUUCCUUACUACAAAAGUCAAGAUUACCUCUAGGCAUCUUGAUACAUCCAUUCAAGGACUUGAAUCACCUCCCCGUAAUACAAUGUACGACGAUCGUUCGCUGUCGGGCCUGUCGCACCUACAUCAACCCGUUUGUGUACUUCAUCGACGCGAAACGAUGGAAAUGCAACCUCUGUUAUCGGGUCAACGACUUGCCAGAAGAAUUCCAAUAUGACCCAGUGAGUAAAUCCUACGGUGACCCAACUAGACGGCCGGAAAUCAAAUCUGCUACAAUAGAAUUUAUAGCGCCCAGUGAGUACAUGUUGCGGCCGCCGCAGCCAGCCGUCUACCUGUUCCUACUGGACGUCUCGCAGAUCGCGAGGGAUUCUGGAUAUUUACAGGUUGUUUGUGAAAAUAUAAAAGAGAAUUUAGAACAAUUACCAGGCGAUGCGCGUACGCAGAUCGGAUUUAUAUGCUAUGAUGCUCAUAUUCAUUAUUAUUUGAUAAGCGACGGACUGACUAGACCAAAGGAAAUGACGGUUUUGGACAUUGAUGAGAUAUUUCUACCUUCCCCUGAGUCACUGUUGGUGAACCUUGGUGAACAUCGUGAGAUGAUUCGCGAAUUGCUCACUUUGAUACCGCGGCGCCACUCGUUGCCGGGGGUACCGGCGUCUGCGCUAGGUGCGGCGCUACAGGCCGCCUACAAGCUUAUGGCUCCAACGGGAGGCAGAAUAACAGUUUUUCAAACGUGUCUACCAAAUAUUGGCCCGGGGGCACUUCAAUCAAGGGAAGAUCCAAACGCCAGAUCGUCAAAAGACGUGGCGCAUUUGAAUCCAGCGACAGAUUUCUACAAACGGCUCGCACUGGACUGUAGUGGAGCGCAAAUUGCGGUAGACUUGUUCCUACUCAGCUCGCAGUACUGUGACCUAGCCACGCUUAGCGGUAUGAGUAAAUUUAGCGCGGGAACCGUGUAUCACAUCCCGGUGUUCAACGCGAGUCGGUCGUGGCAAGCGGCGCAACUGCGCAAUAUGUUGACGCGCUAUCUCACGAGGAAGAUUGGUUUUGAGGCGGUCAUGAGAGUGCGGUGUACCAGAGGCAUAGCCAUUCACACAUUCCACGGGAACUUCUUCGUCCGGUCAACAGAUCUUCUCUCUUUGCCGAAUGUCUCGCCAGAUGCUGGCUUUGGGAUGCAGCUGACCAUCGAAGAGUCUUUAUCGGACCUACAACAAGUUUGCUUCCAGGCUGCACUACUUUAUACUAGUAGCAAAGGUGAAAGACGGAUACGAGUACACACAAUGGCUUUGCCGAUAGCAACGACGCUAACGGACGUCUUACAUGCCGCAGAUCAACAGUGUAUAGUUGGGCUACUAAGUAAAAUGGCCGUGGACAGAUGCGUGACAGCAUCAAUGUCUGAAGCGAAGGAAGCCCUGAUAAAUGUAGCUAUAGAUGUGCUGUCAGCACAUAAACUAUCACAAAACUUACCGGCCGGUCCUGCUAGCAGCUCCCUUCAUGCGCCUUUGCCGUUGCGGUUGCUGCCUAUGUAUUUAUUGGCACUGUUGAAAACGAAAGCGCUUAGAACGGGCACGUCGACCCGCCUCGAUGAGCGCGUGGCAGCUAUGUGCGAUCUGAAAUGUCAUCCUCUAGCUCAAUUGAUCCGCUUGGUGUAUCCGGAUCUAUAUCCGAUACAUUCUCUCGCGCAGCACGUUCACAAAGAGGAUGAGGAGUUAGUGCCUGAUCCGCCCAGACUUCAGCUUACAUCCGAAAGAAUUAACCUAAACGGGGCGUACCUGCUGGACGACGGUGAAAUAAUGAUCGUGUACAUUUGUAACUCGGUCAGUCCCGCCUUCUUAUCGGAGACGUUCGGUGUGACCGCCUUCUCACAGCUACCGGAUGAAGCCACUACUCUACCCCGCUUAGAGAACGAGGGCAGUGCCAUGUUGCACUCGUUUAUAGACAAAUUGAACGACGAUAGACCGUACCCAUCUAAUGUGCUUGUACUCAGGGAUAACUCGCCAUCGAGAACGAGGUUCACGGAACGACUGGUGGAAGAUCGACUCGAGUCUGCGUUCUCCUACUACGAGUUCUUGCAACACGUCAAGAGUCAAGUGAAGUGA